AUGUCGAUAGUGAACACCCCCAACGAGGUUCUUGGUCUGAUCCUACGGGAUGAUUCCACCUCGCUGGAGUCAAUUGUCGCACUCUCUCAAACCUGCCCUCUUCUCCGAAACGUGCUGGAGGGUCUGGAUGGCACCAUUGUCAAACAAAAGGUGUUGGACCGCAUACCGUGGAUGGAAAUUGGACAGCCUGGGACCCAUCUAGACACUUGGAUGACAGCGGCGCGGCGCAUUGUCGGCCGCAAAAGGUCAUUUGUGUCUGAAAACCACAAGUGGAUAGACUCCACCGAGUACUACGACAUGCUAGGACGCAUCUCGCACAACACAGACAUCAAUUAUAUCGAGUCUAUCGAGAUUGACGGCAAAAUGCAACCUCAGGGGAGGAAUCUACCGACUGAUUUCAACCCCUUGUUUGUUACAGAGAUGCCUACACCUUGUGGUGGACUUACGGGUAAAUUCAUGGAGGAGAUUGAGGGUGAUGGGACCCGAUUUAUCGACCUGACGACAUUGGAAUACUCCAGAGCACACCCCCAUCCACCUCCAACUGCAUCGACUUGGACUGGUAACCUCAGCGCGAGCUUCAAUAUGGCUAACGGCGAAAGAGCGGCUAGGACGCCAAUGUCAGGCAUCUGCACCAUCAACAAAAGUGGACACAGAUACAACCUGUUGCAAGAGACCGGGAGGUGGAUAUUGGUGGAGAUUCAAGACGACUACGAGGACCCAGAUGCGCAGGAGAUUCGGUUUCGAAACACAAAGUACCUGCUUGACAAAAAGAAUAUAGUGUUGGAAGACGGCGAGACCCGUCUCUAUUUCGACACAGACUCCGGCGAUAAUGCUCGUGUCUACCCCGACGCUCAACUCACGUUUGUUCAUCUUCUUCCGGGAUCUAUUGGGGCUAUUGUAUUUCAGGACAAUGGAGAAAUGGUACUGGUUUAUUACGAUGACAUUGUUGGGGAUAAGGGCCGUGUUCUGCUAACAUUUUUGGACUUUCAAGGACAGGAGUUUGCAGAAAGGUUGCGUUCAACUCAGUACGGCCAGGAGGGACUGCGAGAAAGAGGCACAAGACGUCAGCUGGUGGUGACUUAUGGAGGAAUGCUGUAUUUGCAUAUUCGCGAAUCAUUCUUGGUUCCGUUGUGGGUUGAACUGGAUGACAAGGCUUGUCAUCCCCAUGACGAUCGGUUCUCGGAGUUUGAAGCAUUUGCACACACAUCUUCAAAGGUGGUGAUUGGAGGUCUGCGAGCAGACAUGAAGACUCUGCUUUUGGCUCCAGAGCGAGAGAUGCUUUCGUUGCAACAAACAUACGGCAUCAUUCGGUCUGAAAACGGCAGAUGGGCAAUGCAGACCCUCAGUUGUGGCAGAAUCGUGGCAGAUUUAGCCACUCAGAAAACCUUCAUCAUUCGACCACAGGCCAAGUGGCCCAACCCGGGGUUUGUGUUUGUCGGGCUAGAUGUGUUAAAGCAGCGGCCUGUGUUCUACAGGUGCCACAUGGCCUAUGGUAUCAAACAAGAUGCUGACGGGUGGGAAGAUUUGGAUGAGAGUUACGGGCGAAUUUCCAACAUCAAAGAUACGGGCAGUUAUCUCAAGUUUCGCGACCCCAACGAGAUUGCUGCCAAUAAUCAUUUCAGAAUGAUUCCCCAUAGAUACACUGUGGUGCAGCCCAAUAUCAGAGACCAGUCGGAGAUGAGUGUGCCCUUAGUCAUUUGA